GCAACAAAAAACAAGUUUGCGAAUUAAACAGAGUAAGUAAAUCAAUAUAGCCGUGGAAGACGUGGCACGUGUAUUUAGAAAGUCGAGAGAAAAUUAACCUCUCUUUAAAAACAGUGUGACCACAAUUUAGCAACUCAUGAAACAAAGUGGAAAAUUAAUAACUUUUCGUUCACAACAACGUUCCUUUGGAAUUAAAAUCUUGUUAGCAUCUCAAAAUUAUCAUACGUAAAAAUACACGCUAAAAGAAGACAGAGUCUUGGUCAAGAUGAAUUUUGGUGGGGCGGUGCGCAUCAACCGAUUUGGUCUGAUCGUCCUCGCCUGUCUUAUCCUGGUCAUUCUCCUCUAUUCCUACUCCUCCUCGCAGGGGGGUCGCCCAAUCCCCAUAAUCGUCGUGGUGGACGAUGACCCCCUCCUCCACUCGGCUUUUAUCCGUUCCUCCAAGGGCGAUCCAGUCUCCACCAUGACGAGCGGCAAGGUGAGUCUCAGAGCCCUUUUGGCUGGUGCUAUCCACUCCGCAGUUCAGGGUGGACUUGAAGUCGUCGCCGUGCGGAAGGGACAAAGCGGAGCGUUGGACGAGAGGAUGAAAGGCGAGACGAAGGAAGGCGUCAAAGAUUCUGCGACGCAGGGUGACUUCAGAUCUCACAAAGUAAUGUAUUACGGUCUGAGAAAGGCAUUUCCAGAAGUCAAAGUAAUCUCUGAGGAGCACACGGAAACUCCGCGCGACUUGUCCGGAGUGGCUCCGGCUAAUAUCGUCCCAUCCGCAGAAGUGAUCCAACACAUGGUGACGGACGAGCAGGUCGAGGCGGAGGACGUAUCAAUAUGGAUCGAUCCGCUCGACGCGACGAAGGAGUACACAGAGAAUCUCGUCAACUAUGUGACGACCAUGGUGGGCGUCGCAGUGCGAGGGAAACCCAUCCUGGGCGUGGUGCAUCGCCCCUUUUCUGACGAGACGUACUGGGCCGUCGUGGGUCACGGGUACUCUCCGAACUUGGCGCAGGACAAGAGAGAGGAAAAAAAUAAUGCUGACAACAAAGGACCCCUAAAACUCAUCGUGUCUCGUUCGCACGCCGGAAAUGUGGCAAACUACACAAAGUCGAUACUUCCUGGAGAGAAGGUAGAAAUAAUCUCAGCUGCGGGGGCAGGCUACAAAGUGUUAGAAGUUAUGUUGUCCCGAGCCGACGCGUACGUACAUGUCACUGCCAUCAAGAAAUGGGAUCUUUGUGCGGGUCAUGCCCUUCUCUCAGCGCUGGGUGGGUCAAUGGUCACAUUGAACGGCGGAGAUCAAGACAGCGGUCAGGAUGAGCUCAUCGACUUUUCUGGGCACACUGACCCUCUCAACACGAGGGGGAUUCUCGCCUACAUGGACGAGUCGAGCAGUAUGGAAAAACUCAAAAAGAUUCACGUCAACCAGUAGCACAUCCAAGACCCUACAAUAUUUUUAUAGGAACACCUUUUUAACGAGACACCUGUGACACGUCCUGAUAUUAAAUACGUACAUAUGCUUUUUUGGUUGUGCAUUUUUAGACUCCUCCCCUUUUCUCCUGCUAAAUAUUAAUGACAAUUUGAUAGUUUCCUAAAAAAACAACGAGUGAAAAAAGGACAACGACAAUGAAUCUUGAUAACUGCAACGGAUGAUGGAUAAGAGAUUAUUAUGAAAGUGUGUGCAUGUUCAUACGUAUAAGAUGUACUAGUUAAUUAUACCGGGUUGGUGAUUUGUAAACCAUGUUCUAAUAAGUUUAGGCUACUUUUAUCCCCGUCAAGUCAAGAUCUUCAAUAUUGAAAAUACGUAUAAGACUGUGUCGAAUUAAGUGCAAAACAAUGAAUAGAUUAAUUAUCAACAAAGUCAGAAGCAACAAUAUUACUCAAUCAAUUAAUAAAUGUUUUCAUAAGAAAAAAAA